CGCUAAUGGCAGUAUGGAGUUGCUGGAUUUUUACCACUGUUGUGAUUUGGUUUGCGGUCUUUCUCACUUGCUUCAUGCCAAUAAGGAAGGAAUCGGUAGAAUUUUCCUUAACAGAUCAUGUAGAGCAGAAGACAGAAGAUCUUGUCCCUGGUACUCCUGGACUGAGUCGUCAAUACAACAAAACUGUUAUGAUACUCAUUGAUGCCCUCCGAGCUGACUUUGUUAUGGCACCUGACACACCCAUGACAAAGACAAAGGAGCUUAUUUCCAAAAAUGUGGCUUUUGUGGCAAAGGCUCACACUCCAACUGUGACUUUGCCAAGGAUCAAGGCACUUGUAACUGGAAGUGUCCCUGGAUUUGUUGAUGUUAUUCUGAACUUUGGUUCAACAAAGUAUGAAGGAGACAGCAUUUUGGCCCAGCUGAGUCGGGCUGGUAGAAGAGUUGUAUUUUACGGAGAUGACACUUGGAUUAAGCUAUUUUCAGACCAGUUUACUCGAUUUGAAGGCACCACCUCCUUCUUUGUCACUGAUUACACAGAGGUUGACAAUAAUGUGACUCGACAUCUCCCGUCAGAGCUCUCUUCAGUGGACUUCGAUCUAAUGAUUUUACACUAUCUUGGAUUAGACCAUAUUGGUCACAUGGCUGGACCCAGCAGUCCUUUAGUUCCUCCAAAACUCCGAGAAAUGGAUGACAUCAUAAGCAUGGUCUACCAAUCACUGAUAAAGUUGCAGGGUGAAGGACUCCCAAAUCUGCUGAUUGUGUGUGGAGACCAUGGCAUGAGUGACCAGGGGAGCCAUGGAGGGGCAUCUUAUAGUGAGACAAGGGUUCCCCUAGUGUUCCUCUCCACCAGUGGUAUUCCCAGUACAGAUGAUACCAAACCUGAAGUAGAUCAGAUUGACCUUGUCCCGACCUUGUCUGAAUUGUUGGGUCUGCCCAUUCCUCAGAACAGCCUGGGACACCUACUCCUCGAUGUGUUUGAGGAGCGAGGACCUGAGGAACAGUUAGCCUCACUUCUGAGGAACACCAUUCAGCUCCUUAACUUACUGAACAACAACAUACAGGACACUGAUACAGAACUAGCAACCUUGUUCAAAAUGACAUGUGAACUUCAUUCUGAAUGGACAUCACUGAGUUCUAAGGAGAGAAAAACGGUUUCCUUUCAACAACUAAAAGCUCAGUACAAUGAUAUCAUCACUAUGGCAACUAGAAGGAUCACGAAGAAACUAACAACUUACGAUAUGCCAGCCCUGAUUACUUGUGUCAUUUGCUUGUGGAUGGCAUUGGUUCUUCUUGUCAUGAGUAGAUUGAGACCCACUAGUUGCCUGGUUGUAAUACAUGUAUCCUCGACGCUAUACCUGGUUUAUCACCUGUCUGGGUCAAAGUCAGAGGGGCAGUCCCUCACCCCUCUACACUUCAUCUCUGUGACAGCCCUAACCAUUGUUGUAGCAAUGACUGCACUUACAAAUAGACAUACAAUAACUGGUGUAUGUAUACAAUUAUAUCAAUGGAUGAUGACAUUAUUGUGUCAAGGUACACCUGGAUGUUUUUGUGUGGGUCUGUUGACAGCUGGGACAUUUCUCCACACCGUCAGCUUACUCUCCAGCAGUUACGUGGAGGAAGAACACCAGACCUGGUACUUCCUCUCCACCUCCAUUCACAUCCUCCAUUUUAUUUCACAACUCUCCACCUCAGAUCCACUGCCACAUAGUCGAAACACUCAUUGCCAUUUAACAUCAUCUACCUCUGAAAAUUAUUCCUGUAUCAGACCUCACAGACAGUUUAUCCAAAUCAGACGGAUGAUACUUGAAACCUUUGUGCUCAUGUUGGCAGCAAGGAUAUCAAGGUCAAUGAACCAGACAGGAAACAAGUGGCUCCACUUGCCAGACACAGGAGACUGGCUUAAACUAGAAGACAACAAAACUCUCCUGUCCAUUCUAGUAGCAGGUGCCCUCCUCCUUAUUCUAGUCAUAAAGUCACGGCAGUUGUCAUGGUUACAAACCGGUAUCACUGUAUUAGGCAUGUUUUGCGUUUUCUGGUUCAGAGCUUCCACUGGUGCCCUUAUUCUGCCUGGAAUACCUCCAAUAGACAAUGGAAUACUCCCAGCUAGGUUAGGCUUCCUUUGUAUAGUGAUUCUAUUAAUAAGUCAGUCCUUCCCUACCAAAUCCUCAAGGAUCACCACUGGAUGGACAGAAAUCUGUCUGACCACAUGGACACUCCUCCAUCUCACAUUAUUGAGGCCACAUAACAUUAUACUGGUGGCCUUAAUGACAGUCCAACAGGCUAUACUCCAUCAGAGUAAACUGGUUCUGUCUUCCUCUGCUGCAGCUGUGUACUAUUUAUGGAUGGGAAGGGCAGCUUUUUUCUUACAGGGUAAUUCUAACAGUAUAGCCACAGUGGAUGUUGGGGCAGGUUAUGUCGGCCUGCGGGAUUAUGAUGCAGUCCCUAUAGCCAUCCUACUGAGCCUUGCUACAUAUGCUGGUCCUAUUUACUGGUUCCUUGCCUUCUUAGCAAAACUCAACUCAUUCAAGCUGAGUAAAAGAGAUCUACGUGAUGUUUACUACACAGUGGUACUGACCUGUGGUUUCCCUGUGGUGGUGUACUCAGGGUUUGUGGUGAUAGAGCGGUACCACCUGUUUGUUUGGACAGUCUUCCUCCCUAAGCUCCUGUACUUUGGAAUGGAUCUGGUGAUCUACAGUUCCCUGUCCCUUACUCUGUUGUUUUUGUACUAUUUACAGACAUAUAGUCAACCGGGAUAAAAGUUGUACGAAAUGUUCAUGCUGGAUUUUGUCAAC